AUGACAGAGCAAUCAGAGGACCUGAAGGAUUCCCUACCCACAGAGAGGAAGCAUGUGUGGAGGACGGCCGAGGAGAGGCAGAUGUCAGACCUCGCGCGGGUGUUGGAGUGGCUGGAGCGGUGGCAGGGGAAGAAGAAGCAAGCUCUCCAGAAGAACAAACCCAAGGUGGUGACGCUCUCUGCAGCACCUGUGAAGGAAGAAAAGAAAGCCAAAAAUGUCCAGAAACAGCAGGGAGGGAACCACCAGGUGGCAUUCUCUAAGCAGGCCUCAGGGCAAAGCUCCAGAAAGAAUGCGGAAGCCUCCGCCCUAUAGCGAAGGCUCUACGGAGUGGAAGCAAAGGGAAAACGCCUCAGCAGCAUGACCCCGGGCAGCUACCCCAAGGAUGCGCCUAGGAAAUCUGACUUAGACAUCAAGGAUGAAAUCACCCAAGAGUCCACUCAGCUCUCAACGCCACACCAUCAACAAAGCAUCAUAGAACCCAUGUUACAGGAUGCUAUCUGUCCCACGAAGUCAACCCUCUUGCGAGAUUGGGUUGGCAAGACGCCCGACGCCUCCUACGAGCGUAAGCUGAAGAGCCUCAUGGAGAAGGGCAGCGAGCCCAGGAUGGAGCUGGUGAGGAUGCUGAAGCCGGAGGAGGUGCUGAGCUGCCGAUACCUGAGGUUGUCCAAGAACAACGUUCGAACUUCGCUCAAGCUGUGCAAGGAUGCAGGAAUGAAUGAGGACAUCCACCCCGAUGUGGUCGAAGAAGAGAGAGAUGCUGAAAAGGUGUUCAACCAAAACAUCAGUGUAGCCCUCUAA